AUUCUCAUGCAGGAGUCCUACACACAAAUAAUAGGCAUCGACAUGGCAGAAAUCCGGUGCCCCUAUCACCACGCUAGCUGGAGAUGUCGUACGCAACACAUUCUGAACUGCCUACGAGGACGUCUCCUGACUCGGAUGCAGGCGAAGAAAUUUUCUUCGUACGUCUGCGUAUGUCCUGGGAGACCUAGCGUGACCUCCCGCGAGAUGCUGGACGCAGCUCCGGACCUCGCUGCGUGGCUACAGGGCAAACCGAGCUCGUUGCCUGAAGAGGUCCGCCGCUCUCUGGAGCUGUACCUGACGGCCGCGGAAGAGCUAAAGCCGGCGGAGCUGGGGCUGGGGCUUGUGCACCUGGUCUCAGUCAUACGGAGGGCAGUUGAAGGUAAGCUGGAGGAAGAGAAUUCUGCCCCAUCACAAAUAAAGCCUCAAUACAAGGAAGACACGUGGAUGCUGAGCCUACCAUCUAGAUACAUCGGUCUCCUGGUUGGACGCGGUGGUCAACACAUACAGACACUCUGUCGGGAACAUAAAGCAGGAAUCUACUUUGGAAAAAAGCAGUCGCUAUGUCAUAGAAACACCCACAGACUGCAACACUACCAAGCUACGCACAGAGAUAGUGUCCAAGUGACAGUGGUAACUAUGGAGAAUGAGUUGGUGAAUAUAGAGGCAAUCAAGAGCACGUUGGAGACAAGAGCAGAGGAACUGAAAGUCAAACGGAAAUCACACGAGGAAGCAGUUGAGAAGUACAGACAGAGAAGGUAUAGACGGUACCUGCACGCAGUGCACGACCCAUGGGAAACACAUAAAUACUGGAGUUCACAGAGACUCAAAGGAAGCAGCUACGGACCACUAUUACCGUCGCAAGCAGCACCAAAAGACAAGGCACCCUCCAAGGAGCCAGGCACACAGUGCGAUAUCAGAGGGCCACUGUCUCAACUGUCUCACUGCAUACUCUCCCAACACCACUGAGAUGGGGGCCUGUACCUUCCACCCCGGCUUUCUCACUGCAGUAAAGGCGGGCAAGAACAGAGGGUACAAGUGGACUUGCUGUGGGCGACGAACGGCCGAAAAUCGGGCCACAGUCAACCAGCACAUUCGAACAGGGUGUUCCAGUGGUCGACACAGAUGGAGGCCGGGAAAGAGCUGUGCCAGAAAAACCAGAGACAGUUGGCUCUCCGAUGACAUCAUCCUCAUUUAGCAAGUGACUCAUAUUACAUGUACAGUAUAAUAUUGUAUAAUGAACAAACUAUU